GUGAAACAGAGUCUCCUUUUCCUCUGUUUCUGUCUUAUUGACUCUUACUUUUGGAUUGAGAAAGAGAGAGAGACAGGAACUUGAAGUCCGUAAGAAAAUGAAAGACUUUACUUCCUGCUCCGGUGAAAAUGGCGUUCAGGUUACAGAUCCUUCCUCCUCGAACGCUGUAAAAGUUUCACAGAAGCUGGUCACAUGUAUCUACCGUUGCUGCAUCAGAGGUAAGACUUGUUUGAUCACAGUCACAUGGACUAAGAAUCUGAUGGGUCAGUGUGUGACCGUGGAAGUCCAUGAUUCUUGCAACCGAAGUCUCUGUAAAGUCGAGAUCAAGCCCUGGCUCUUCACUAAACGAAAAGGGUCCAAGAACCUAGAAGCGUAUUCUUGUAACAUAGAUGUCUAUUGGGAUCUCUCCUCUGCUAAAUUCGGAUCCAGCCCUGAACCUUUAGGUGAGUUCUACGUAGGUGUUGUUGUGGAUAAAGAGAUGAUCCUUCUUCUUGGUGAUAUGAAGAAGGAAGCUUUCAAAAAGACUACUGCACCGUGUUCAUCUCUUAGUGCUGUGUUUAUUGCCAAGAAAGAGCAUGUUUUUGGUAAGAGAACGUUUGCAACAAAGGCUCAGUUCUCAGGUGAUGACAAAACACACGAUCUUGUGAUUGUGUGUGAUACAAGUGUCACUGAUCCUUGCCUUAUUGUUUGUGUUGAUGGGAAGACGUUGAUGGAGGUGAAGCGGCUUCGUUGGAAGUUCCGUGGGAAUGAUACGAUAGUUGUGAAUAGGGUCUCUGUGGAAGUUCUCUGGGAUGUUUAUAGUUGGUUCUUUGGGGUAACAUCAUCACCAGGGAGUGCUGUGUUUAUGUUCAGGACUUGCCAAGCUGUUGAGAAGACCUUAUCUUCCACGCAGGUCCCAAAGAGCUUGAAACCUCAGAGUUUUGGGUUUACAUUGUUUCUGUACGCUUGGAGGAACGAGUAGUGGAGAAGUUUUGAGAAGAUUAAAAAAAAUGAACUGUUGAUUCUUGUUUAUUUAUAUGUCAUAUGAUCAGUUUCAUAUGUUAGACUAUGUACAUUAGACUUGUAAAGACUUGUUCAAACUCAA